AUUACAGGGUGUGAGAGCUCUGCUUAAAAACACUUAUUUGGAGUAUUUUCAGACAUCAAGAGGAGGAACAGUAACUUGGUGAGUCUUGAAAUUGAAAGACCAUAUUGAUACCAAAACAAAUGGCUGAGAAGAUUGCUCUUCUUGAGAGUUACCUGAGUUGCCAUGUGUGUUCAGAAACUUUCAGAGAUCCUGUGUCUCUGAGCUGCAACCACAGCUUCUGUUCAAGCUGUCUGCAACAAUCCUGGGAACAAGCUAAAAAGAAAAACUGUCCCAUUUGUAAAGGAAAGUCUUCAAAAGAUGAUCCAGGAGUGAACUUCACACUGAAGGAACUGGCUGAUUCCUUUGCUGAGAGACAGAAAGCUGAAUCAUCUGAGACUGAAAGAGGAGAGAAGAAGGUGGAGGUGGUGUGUUGUAAACAUCAUGAAGACACAAAACUGUUCUGUAAGGAUGAAGACAGAGCUGUGUGUGCUGUCUGUGAGUUUUCUCUCCACCACGGUCACAAGGUGGUUCCUAUAGAACAAGCAGUCAGUGACAUGAAGGAGCAGCUGAAAUCUGACUUGAAGUCUCUACAGGACAAGAGGAGCAAAUACAAACAAGUGGAGAAAACAUACAAUGAAAUGAUUCAACACUCCAAGAAGCAGCUGCUGUCCACAGAGAGACAGAUCAGAGCAGAGUUCACCAAGCUCCAGCAGUUCCUGAAAGAGGAAGAGGAGUCCAGACUGGCAGCUCUGAGGGAGGAAGAGGAGCAGAAGAGGAAGAGCAUCAACAGACAGAUGAAGAUGAUUGAGGAGCAGAUCUCCUCUUUGUCAGACAGUAUCUCUGCUGUUGAAGAAGAGCUGAAGAAAGACAACGUGCCCUUCCUCAGCAGCUAUAAACCCACUCAGACCAGAGCCAGAGCCCAGAGCUCACUGUCAGAUCCACAGCUGGUCUCAGGAGGACUGAUAGAUGUGGCCAAACACCUGGGCAACCUGUCCUUCAGAGUCUGGGAGAAGAUGAAGGAGAAGGUCCACUUCAGUCCUGUCAUUCUGGACCCAAACACAGCAGACCGCUGGCUCUAUCUGUCUGAUGAUCUGACCAGUGUGAGACAUGGAGACACAAAGCAGCAGCUCCCUGACAAUCCAGAGAGAAACACUAAUUAUGCCACUGUUCUGAGCUCUGAGGGCUUCAGCUCAGGGAAACACAGCUGGGAGGUGGAGGUGGGAGACCAUCCUGACUGGAAUGUGGGUUGGGUUAAAGAGUCAGUUGAAAGGAAGGAGGAGAGACUUGCUUCACCAGAACAUGGAGUCUGGUGUUUUUUGCAUCGCAGUGGAAAAUACACCAAUUGUGUUGGUGAGACUGUCACAUUGAAGAAGAGUCUCCAGAGGAUCAAAGUCCAGCUGGACUAUGACAAGGGGGAGGUGUCCUUCUACAAUGCUGAAGACGUGAUUUACAUCUACACUCACAGAGACACUUUCACUGAGAGACUCUUCCCAUUUUUCGAUAUUGGAAUAUCUGGUGAAGCCAAAACGACUUCUAUCAAAAUCUGUCAAAAUGAGAUUUCUCUGUGAUGUUUGUUUUUCUAUUAUGAUCAUUUGAGGUUUAUUACACUCUAAACUCAUCAUCACACAAUUGUUGAUGUGAUUAAUAUCCAAGUAAACAUGUCUACAAAAUGCUGAGACUGUGUCACAUCAUCAGGAGACAAAGUUUCCAAAUCAAAGCUGUUAAUUAUCCUGGUUAUCAGCAUCUUGUUUAGUGUCAAACAACAUUGUAUAGUUGUAUAUAUCCACUGUACUGAAUGUUUUGAUUGGUUCAGUUUUGUGACAGUUUGUUCAUCAUCACAUUUAGUUUUUGAUAUUCUUGGAUCUUUGGAUGAGUUUUGCAUCUGUUUUUUUAUCCUUUGCUAAGAGAUGUUUUACUAUAGUUUUGCUUUAAUGAAACAUUUAUUUACAGA